ACCCCAAAGCAAAGCAAAGCAAAGCAAAGCACACUUCUUCUUCUUCUUCUUCUUCAAAAUCUCAAAACUUAACCAAACGCCAAGGGAAAAAAAAAAAGAAAAACAUGUUCUUCACAAAAGAAAUGCCUUCCCCAUCUUCACUCUUCUCUGCCUAUGCUUCCAUGGCUGCCUCAAUGAUGCUAUUUAGGUCCAUGAUCAAUGAGCUCGUGCCACACCCUGUUAGAGGCUACCUUCUCUCAACUCUCCGCUACUUCUUCAAAGCCCACACUCCAAUUCUCACACUGGUCAUCGACGAGGCCAACGGCAUGAGCCGAAACCAAGUGUUCGACGCCGCUUCGGUCUACCUCUGCACCAAGAUCAGUCCCAAAACAGAACGGCUUAAGAUCAGCAAAACCCCCAAGGAGAAGAACUUGAAGAUUCGUCUCGAGAAGGGCGAGAAGGUGGUGGAUUUCUACGAUGGGAUUGAGCUCCAAUGGAAGUACGUCUGCUCGGAGCCUGAAAAGAACAGCCCCGGCGACCCUUAUUUUCCGAGGUCCGAAAAAAGGUUCUUUGAGCUGAGUUUUCACAAGAGACACCAGCAAAAAGUGCUAAACUCUUACGUGCCUUUCAUACUUGAAAAGGCCAAAGCGAUCGGUGAUGAAGAGAGGGUGUUAAAGAUGUACACUCUAAACAAUUCUUUCCACAAUUGCGGUGGCAUGAAGUGGGAGUCGAUCAAUCUCGAACACCCUGCGAAUUUCGACACACUGGCCAUGGAGCCCGGUUUGAAGGCCUCGGUUAUUGAGGAUCUCAACAGGUUUGUGAAAAGGAAGGAGUUUUACAAGAGAGUUGGGAGGGCUUGGAAACGCGGGUACUUGCUGUAUGGCCCGCCCGGGACCGGUAAAUCGAGCUUGGUCGCCGCAAUGGCUAAUCACCUGAAAUUUGACGUAUAUGAUUUGCAGCUUGCAAAUAUUGUCCGAGAUUCCGACCUGAGAAAGCUGCUUCUGGCUACGGCUAAUAGGUCCAUCCUUGUGAUCGAAGACAUUGAUUGUAGUGUGGAUUUGCCCGAUCGCCGCCAAAAUGAAGGAAGAAAGAAACCUGAUCAUAACCAACAAGAUAGUAGCGCUCGAGCAUCUUUGACAUUAUCUGGACUGCUAAACUUCAUAGAUGGAUUGUGGUCUACUUGUGGAGAUGAAAGAAUCAUCAUAUUCACCACAAACCACAAGGACAGGCUAGACCCGGCUCUUCUGCGACCUGGUCGCAUGGACAUGCAUAUUCAUAUGUCUUACUGUACUUACCAUGGUUUCAAGCUUUUGGCCUCAAAUUACUUGGGAAUCCAUGGCAGCCACAUGCUGUUCGGAGAGAUUGAAGCCUUAAUGCAGGAAGCGGAGGUGACACCAGCCCAAGUUGCGGAGGAGUUGAUGAAGAGUGAGAACACUGAUGUUGCGCUUGAAGGACUUGUCAAGCUUCUCAAACGGAAGAAAAUGGAAGGCGAUGAAUGCGAUGAAAAGGCCAAAAACAAUGCCGAGACUCUAGGAGCGAAGAGGCAGAAAGUAGAGAAGAAGCGAAAACCAUCAGUAAGGAAUACUAGAAGAAAGACCGUCACAAGAAGGAGAGGUAAUUUGCAGUCAUUAAUGUAAAGCACCUUAUACGCUUAGAAACUCUGGGGAUGAAAAUCUGUCAAAUGCUGAUAUAGAAGUAGGAGUAAUGGUGGAUUGUGCUUAGUUUCUGCGUUCUCUGGGAAAUGGUAGUACAUUUCUACAUAGGAAUCAAGGUGGGAAAGUGAACGAGCAUUUGUCAUAUAAGUAUUAAUAUGAUUGAGAUUAGUAAUAGCAAGUCCUUAGUUGUGGGAACUACUUUUGGAAAAACCAAUGUUUACAUUAAAUUUGUUGGGGAAACCAAUGAUAUAAAUUAGUAAACCAAUGAAAAAUAAUCUAAAUUUGAAGGGCUGCAAUAUAUUUAAACGUUCUUUCCCAUUUUCACCAGCGAUGAGAACCCCAAAACCCAUCACCGGAGCAAGGAAGUGAUUAUGAAAUUAUGAGCUAAAAAAAAAGAAAUCAGUUAU